AUGUUAUGCAGAUUGAAGAUGCUCGAAUGCAAAAGGGAUGAAAUCAAGGACAUUGGGUUCAUUGACCCGGACACAAUGCAUGUCAAGACCAUAGAAGAACCCCUCUAUAACAGGGAUACACCGGAGACUUUGCUAAGGUUUUUGAAGCGACAACGUGACAAAAAGACAAUACUUUGGCCUUACAACUUCCAGUUUCACUUUAUUCUUAUCGUCAUUAAAAUGUACGAAGGAGAAGUUGAAGUCUUUGACUCACUAACCAAAGAGCCUAUACAAUACAAGUCUUGUUUUCUUAUGCUCAAAAGCGUAUGGGAAACUUUCAUCAAGGAAGAUCAGUCCCAUGAUUGGAAACCGAAGCUGAUAUGGCGUGCGAACAAAAAAUGCGCAAAACAACCACCGGGGACUAAUCUAUGUGGAUACUACGUUUGCGAGUACAUCCACAGAAUUGUCAGCGAGAGAGCGAAUAAUGAAAGAAAUAGAGAGUUGAGAAGAAAGCGGGAGAAGAUCGGAAUCGAGGAGCGCUUCAAAGCAAUCGGCGAUGAAUUGGCGGGAUUUUUCCUUCGGGAAGUCAUACCACCAUCCGGAGAGUACCACUAUGCAUAAAGAUCUUCUCCAGCUCCUCGAUUGCUUUGUGUGUAUAUAUAGUUUGACUCGGAGUGUACCACUAUGGUACAUGUGUGUAAUAGAUCGAUCUUCAUGCUUGUACUAUGGUGCAUCGACUUGAUUUGCAUCGGAGAGUACUACUUAUGCAAUUACAUGUGUGUUAUAUUAUAUGCACCAACUUUAUAUGCA